UCCAAAGUGUCAACAUGGCAGGGAAUAACGUUUGUUGCAGAUUUGGUCUUCUGUUUUCCUUAUUUUGUUUCGUACGCGUCUCACAUGCUCAGCCUGCAGUGGUUGCCCCGAUAGUUGUAGAAGAACAGCUGCUGUGGUUGGCUGGUACAGCCGGGGUGAGGUACUACCGUAUCCCGCUGCUGUCCUACACUCCGCACGGCAGCCUUGUCGCGGUGUGCGAGGCGAGGAAGAAGGGCCUCGCAGACGCCGGGCCCAAGUUCCUCGCUAUAAGGAGAUCCGAGGAUAAAGGUGCAUCCUUACCUUCAGUUUUGUACUGA